GUUUGCAGUUUAUAGAUUAAAGAGAGCACAUCUUAAAAACGGACGAGUUACAUAUAAUACUCUCUAUGCAAAUAUGUCUGUGAUAUGAAGACUUGGGACAAAAUGAACGUAACGUAACACGUAUAAAAUUCAAUUAGGAGGCUGCCGUAACUGUUACUGGCUCAAAAUUCUGUAAUUUGGACAAAAAAAGAAAAAUUAAAAAUAAAGAGGACCAUACAACAGCUGAAACGAGACGAAAUGACCAUGUCGUGGUCAUACACAACAAGUGCUUCGCCAUCCUCCUCGAUUACAAUAUUAAUGAUGACAACACUAUUAACGCCAUUAGCACUAACGGCAAAUUACACGGAAGCCAGUGACUUUGUUGGCAAUAUCACAACAAAUAUCACUGAAGAGGAGUUGGUAUAUACGCCGUAUAGCGAACGACCAGAAACGUACUUCGUUCCAGUAAUCUUCCUUUUGAUCUUGCUAAUUGGCCUUAUAGGCAAUACUGUGCUUGCUCUUAUGAUCCUGCGACACACAAACAUGAGAAACGUACCUAAUACAUACGUACUCUCGCUGGCGCUUGGGGAUUUACUGGUAAUAAUGACAUGUGUCCCGUUCACCAUUACCGUCUACGUUUUGGAUUCUUGGCCUUUCGGAUUAUUAAUCUGCAAAAUCUCUGAAUGCGCGAAGGAUAUAUCUGUCGGAGUUUCUGUCUUUACUUUAACUGCACUGUCAGCAGACAGAUUUUUCGCUAUCGCGAAUCCUAUGCGGAAAUUACACGUUGCAGGUAGUGGAAAAAGAGCAAUACGUUUCACUACAAUUAUUGUGAUCCUGAUUUGGGUUUUGGCUAUAAUAUUGGCGAUUCCCGGUUCCUUUUCGUAUAUUAGGUUUUUCAGGGUUAAUCAGAACGUAAGCUUUUACGUAUGUUAUCCUUUUCCCGAGAAGUUUGGACCCAAUUAUCCAAAGACAAUAGUAGCAUGUCGCUUUUUCAUCUACUAUAUUAUACCUCUCACCAUCAUCGCUGUUUUCUACAUUUUGAUGGCCAGACAUCUUAUGCGCAGUACGAGAGAUGUACUCUGCGAAAUGCAAGGACAGAUUAAACAAAUACAAGCUCGUAAAAAGUUGGCGAAGAUGGUAAUGGCUUUCGUCAUUAUUUUUGCUGUGUGCUUCUUCCCACAACACGUUUUCAUGUUGUGGUUUUAUUUCAAUCCAACUUCGCAAACAGAUUAUAAUAUCUUUUGGCACUACUUUCGUAUCUUGGGUUUUUGCCUUGCUUUCAUCAAUAGCUGCAUCAACCCUAUCGCUCUGUACUGCGUAAGCGGUGCUUUCAGAAAAUACUUUGACAGAUAUCUGCCGUGUUUCGUUAUUAUGAAGAGAAGACGGAGACGACAUCGACAAUCACCAGAAUCAAGUUCACGCGGACGAGGGCCAAGUUCUUCAUUUGUCAAGUCAAGAAAAAACUUGGGCGAUUCCCGUCGAGAACAACGAAUUGCGAUGCGUCUCUCGAUUAUGACGACUGAUGUACGACCUACGACUCCAAUUAAAGAACAAGAAACUUCUAUGACUCUGCCAGCAAAUCCAAAUGGCACUGGUGAGUCAUUAAGAAGUCAACGAGUCUCGAUGGAACCAACCGUACGUGAUCGAUUAGUUCCAUCGUAAGGAAGACAUCAACGUCAUAUUUUUUUAUAAUUAUUUAUAUAAAAUAAGUUUUGUGUCACUUAAUAUUGAUCAAGUAAAAUUAUAUUUUGAUGAUAUCUUUUUACAAAUCAGACU